AUGAGGAAAGAUGACAUUAAUCUUAAAGUAGAAUCAGUAGGAGUAAAAUCAAAAAAGCAACCAGUCUAUAUAUCAGAUAAUAAUGCAAAUCCUAAGAGACUCCUAAAAAUUACUGACAAGUUUUGCGGGAAAAAGGGAAAAGAAUACCCCAGCACAUCUGAACACAGUCUACCUAAAAUUGCUAUAAAAAGUGACAAAAGCAAGCCAAAACAUGCUGACAAUUUGGCGGAAAAAUCAGAAACAAAAAAAAAUAAUCCAAAAGAAAAGACAGAGAAUUUUAAAAAAACAUUAAAUAAAACAAAAGGAUAUAAUACCAACAGUACGUUUUACUCAAAAAGUGUAAAUGAAAAAAAUGUUACUGUGAACUCCAAAAAUGAACAUAGUUCAAAUUCUAAAGACAAGACACAAAAUAGGAAAUGUGAACCACAAUUCAUAAAAAUAAAAAGUCAUGAUAAUUACCUUAAUGACCUUUUAAAAAAACAAAAUAUACAUAUUCAAGCAGAAGAAUAUCAAAACGAUAUAAUAGUAAAAAAAAAUAUUGCUAGCUCUUCCAGUAGUCAAUCAGUACAUGAUAGUUCAAGUGAUGAAUUUCACACCUCGGAUAUUAUAGAACAAUUUAAAAAAAAAAAAAAGAGAGAAUUAGAAGCAGAAAAGAAAAAACUAAUCACAAGUAAAAAAAACAAGUUAAUAAAAAAGUUAACCUAUAAGGAUGUGGGGACACAAGUCAUUCUUGACGACUUCACUAAAUAUUACGAGAGAGUGAAGCCAAAAAUUGAACAAUUGGUUGAAGAUGUCCUAAAUCAAGCAUUAAAAAAGGUCUACGAGGAUCAAGAGUUAAGAAAAAUGCAAAACAAAAUUAACCAUUAUGAACAAAUCAGACAAAAGAAAUAUCAAUCCCUUAAAGAUUUCGAACAUAAUAGCGAAACGUUUUACGAAGAAACCAGACAAAAAAUAAAAGACAGAAUAGUUCUUAAAAAUAAAGUCGAAAUUAUAAUGAAAAAAAAAAUUGCCCACACUAGAGCCCAAAAAAAUAUGCAUCAUAUAAUUCAAAAAAACUUAAACUUUUAUUCGCUAAUAGAUUAUUUUCCAAACGAUAUUGAGAAAAUGGUAAAUUUGAUCGUACUCCCUUGGCUAGCAGACUUAAUUCUGUACUUGAUAAAGGUAAAAAGGGAAAUAGUCCAUUACGUCAUCACAGAUAUGAUAGAACAGAAUUUCACCUCUAGAUCGGAAAAUUUUGAGAGAUAUAAAAGGUUAUAA